AUGGCUGUCCCAGGCAAAACGGCCAAGCCUGCCGUCGUGGAGUGCACCAGCUCCCCCUUCUUUGGACUCUGGAAACCACAGGCGCACUUGAAACACCUGUUUUACGGCCCCUCUUGCGUCAGCAAGUACCUCGAGACCGUCUUGCCGUCUGACGCAUCGAGGGUCUUCAUCGUCACCGGUGCCACGCUGGCAAAGAAAACGCCACUCGUGCACGAGGUCGAGACACUGCUCGGGGCCCAUCACGCCGGGACCUUUGCCGGCGUCAGGCAGCACGGCCCCGUUGCCGACGUGGAAGAGGCCCUCGGGCUCGUCCUGGACGAUGCGUCGAUUGACACGGUGCUCUCCCUGGGGGGUGGCUCGCCCAUUGACGCGGCCAAGACGAUUUCGCACCGCGUCCACGAGCAGCGCGGCCACUUCCUCACUCACAUCGCCAUCCCCACGACCCUCAGCGCGGCGGAGUGCACGGCCGGGGGCGGCUACACGGGCCCUGAUGGCACCAAGGUCGGUUUCAUGGCGCCGGGCAUGGGUGUGGCGGCAAUCUUCUACGACCCCUUGUUCUCGCGGUAUACGCCCAGACGGCUGCUGCUCGCCACGGGCAUCCGCGCCGUCGACCACGCCGUCGAGACAGCCUACCACCCGACCUCGUCCGAGAUGCCCUGGAAGGCCCUCGCCUGCUGGGCCCUGCAGGUCCUGUUUGAAGAGCUUCCCCGGCUUGCAAACUCGAGCUCUGCCCAGCCCAGCGGCCACGGCCAGGGCCAAGAUGGCGUCCACGGCUACCACGACUCGCUGACGCGCCUGUUCCUGGCCGCCUAUGCCACGUCCGGUCUCAGAGGCGCCAACUUCACCGGCAACAUGGGCCUCUCGCAUGCCUUGGGCCAGGCUCUGGGGAGUCCAUAUGGGAUUUCACACGGCGAGACCAGCUGCCUCACACUGGCCCCCGUCAUCAGACUCAAGGCAGAACUGGACGUGGAGGAUGCGCGGUGCAUCAGCCGGCUGCUCCUGCCAGCCACGGGCAAGACUGGAUCUGGAAACGUUUUGCAGGACGCCAUGCAAUUUGCUGAUGAUGUAGCGGAACUUGUGCAACGCCUGGACCUGAGGCCCUUGCCACUGAGCCGACGGGGAGUUGGGCACGACCAGGUUCCCGUGAUUGUUCAACGAGCAAUGCGGGGAUCGGACAAUGAAAAACUGCGCCUCGCCCUGACGGCACUGGUGGAGAACUUGCUGUAA